GAUCGACAAGGCGAUUCUUAAGAUAAGCCAUACAAACAUACCUAUGGGACGGGACGCACUGACAGACAGAGGGACAGACACAUGAAUUGACACGAGAGGUCCUCACCAUAGAAAGCCAUAGACAGACUGACAGACAGACCGGUCCUCUGACACAGAAAUCACGCCACGCCAAUCACUCACGGGAAAAGUCGGUCGGCACCCACUAUGGAUGCCCUGCAGCUCAUGUCUCAUACUUGUAACUCGACAACACACAGCUGUCUGGCCUGCCUGCCCGCCCGCCCGCAUGGCUGGCUGGCAUGCGUCGCUUUGGACGGCACACCCACACCCACACCCACAGGCACAGGCACAGGCACCAUCACGCCACACCAGAGCUCACUUGUUCGUUGCCCAUUGAAAAACACGGUACGCACAUGGACUAGCUUCGCACUCAUCGCUACAGUAACAUCACCCAGUCAGUCGCUGCCGAUACCGAUGGCAUACAGGCAGACACAAACAGUCUCACCAGCCACCAAGGAUGGUGCACUCACUGUUCGUCGUGGUCGAUCACACAACACACAGGGAGUGGCCCAUCGAAGUGUGAUGAUGCCGCGUCUGUCUGCCUGCCCACCUACGGCUGGCUGGUAAUGAUCAUAUACAUACUGCGGUCACCUUUAUUGCUCUUAGCUGGCUGGCUACACCUGCUCCCUCCCUCCCUGUUGCGAAUUGUACUGUCACUCUUCGCCUGUCCGGUCCAUCGAGAGCGCUGGUGCACGGCUGCAGAAACCCGUGUCCUGGUGAUCCGCUGCUGUCACACCACUGCUGUCGAUCGACCUCACAUAUCCAAGGUGCAGACGUGACGUGACCCAUGACGCAACGCGACUAUCCAAGCACUCACUCCACAGAACGACCGACCAACCAACUAUUUGGGUGUGGACACCACAGAAGCACACCCAUGGCGUGAGGUGAGUGAGGUAGGAGGGCUUCAUUCAUUCAGAUGAAGAAGGUGAGGAAGAACCAGUUGGCCUCCUGCGGGUCGAUGGCGAAAUCCUCAACGGCACUGGCGUCAACUGCCAAACUCAUCGCCACAUCAUGCGCCUGCAAACACGCAGUGAAAGGAAAAGCACCGCACACACACACGGCACACAGAGUGUGUGUGAUGCCCAUGAUGGGGGCGAUGGGUGUGAUGUGAUGUCACGUGUGCAGGCACGUCUGGUACGUACCAUUUGGUUGACUUGUGGGUUGCUGUACAUGAGUUCCAUGAGCUUCUGCGCCGUCUCACCGUGGGUGGCCUGCGCCUUGGCCAACGCCAUGUCCCCCAACGCCACCGAUGUCCUAACACACACACACACACACACACACAUACAGACAGACGGACACGGAAACCACACAAUGAUUGCAAUCCAGGUAGGUACUCCCCCCUCCCCAAGAUGCAUGCGCAACACAACACCUACGCACCUGCGUUCGUCAUAGUCGGGUGUCUUGUCUCUGUCGACCAUGAAUGCGACCUUGGUGGUGUCGUGGGCCGCCUUGACCGCAACGCGCUCGCCGCUCCUCACGCGGAUCUCCUCGACAAACUGACACGCCUGCCGAAUAGACCGCGACCGCACGUACUCCCGACCAUCGCCUCCUGCCCGCAUCUCUUGUGUGCCUGGGGGGGUCCUGCACCAGUGGGCGUCGGGGGCUGUGGUGAUGCCCGUGUGUUCGUCGAGGUCGAUGUUGAACCAGAAGGCCACCGCGUUGAGGGUGCCGUCCUCCUGGAUCUUCAGCUUCAUGUCGCGGACGGCGCGCUGCGGCUCCUGCAGAAGACCCACACGACCUGAAACACAAAGCGCACGACCAUUCGUGUCUGUCUGUCUGUGUGUGGCUGUGUGUGUGUCUGUGUGUCUGACUCACUGAGGUCAAAGUCGAAGAGCAGCCUCGGUUCGGACAGCGGCUUGAAGGCUGCAUGGUCCCCCCCGUCGCUGAGGUCCACAGCCGAGUGCUCGCCCUGCACAUAGCGGUACGUCCCCCAGGCACUGACGUCCAGCCCCUCGUACUCUCGCGGACCCAUCUCCCCGCCCACACAAUACACACGGGCGCGGCAGGGCAUCGUGACGGCAUCCCCUCCCAGAAGGGAGGUCCAUGCCUGGUGCCAGAGGGGUAGGAGGCCGUCCCCCAGCAGCCCCACAUCGGAUGGCAGCCCCACGAGCAUGUCGAUGACGCCGGGCAGCUCAUCGAGGGGGUCUGCGGGCGGAGGGGGCGGCUGCGGGCCCUGCGGGGCGCCCGCUUCCGCCUUCUCCUGGUCGAGCUGGAUCUCACCCUUCUCCACAAGCUCGUCGAACUGCUUCUUGCGCGCCUCAUAGUUGCGCAUGAGAAUGCUCAUGGGCGGGCGGAGCUGCCGGAUGUCCUUUGGCAGGAAGGUGAGCCGCUCGCCCAGGGAUGGCGGCUUGAGCUCCUUCCUCCUGAGGCUGUCGCGCUUCCUCCUCUUCUCUCGUCGCCGGCGUCUCCUCAGCUGCUUCUCCUCGUCGUCGGUGUCGGUGUCGUCCGAGUCGCUGAAGAACCCCCGGUCCUUCUCGUCAUCGAGAUCCUCCUCCCCGACAUCAGGCUCGUUCUCGUCUGCCUGCGUCACCCUCUCCUCUCCCCCAUUAUCCUGCGGCUCUUCUCCCGUCGACUUGGGCAGCCGCGCGUACUCGAGCAGCGUCGGCUCAUUGGCCUUUGCGACUCGCCUGCCAAGGUGGGUGAGCGAUGGCAUCGGGUCGGCAGCGAUGAUCUUGAGCCUCGGUGCUGCACUCUGGACCUUGGCCUUGGGCUCCAGCCACCUCGACCCGACCUGAGAUGCGAUGAGGGGGAGGAUGGAGGGACCGGCCGAUGGGGCGAGCACGUGGAGGGAGGGGGCAGUGCUGCGCCAGUCGCUGUGGUGCUUGGCCGCCAGACGGGAAGACAGAACACGCUUCAGAGCGUCCCGGAACGCUGAGAGGAGCCGAAGGGAGGAGGUGUGUCGAGUGAGUAUGUGCUGGCAUGUGUGGUGUCUACCUUGGAGGACAGGUUGGUCGCUCAUGAUGUCCAGCUGCCACCGAGGGAUGGUCGACGACCGCACACACACCGGAGACUCCACAGGCGACACUACCCUGUGAGACACAAAACCGAUUCCUCCGUUGCUCAGUCGCAUCCCCACCGUCCCGUCAUUUGUCCUCUUACUUGAAUCGUAUGUUGGUGGCCGUCUGCUUUGCGCUGACACGCACCACAUGGCCCACUUUGUCGACCUGCACCUCGUCCAGCCACUGCACACACUGCCGCCAGCCGGCCUUGCCCAGCGAGGUCUGGCCCAUGUCUGCCGCCACCACGUCGGCCGCCUGCUUGGGGAAGCUGUGGGCGAGGAGGGUCGACUGGGCCGUGUGGAGGGAGAAGGACAGGAGGAUGGCGUGCACCGGCCCUGGGGUGGUCACAGCGAUGUCUAGCUCGGCUGUGCGGGCCGUCAGAGGGAGCGCCUGAUGUAUCAGCCAAUGCAUCGACACAUGACACAAACGACACAUGAUGCGUGGGAGAGUGGGUUUGGUGGGAGGGCGUGGUGUCCUCAGGUAGGUACGUACCUCAUCUAGCUGUUCGAGCGGCGCAUCGAAGUCGAAUGAGAAGACUUCUGUGGGCUUUGAGACGAUCUUGAUGUGUUGUCCGAGCCCGCCCCGAGUGCAGUCCAUGUCGACGGCCUCCCCAUUGGGCCCCCACAGCAGGUCCCUCACCGCCGAGUAGUCCAGCUCCACCACUGGACAGCCCCUCUCCGGCUCCUUUGGGUCAGCAUCCUCCUGAACGCGCACCGUUGGGCCAUCCAGCCGCGCCAAAGAGGCGUACACCACAGCCCUGAUAGAUACAUACAGCAAUCAAUGGACAGACACACACACCACACCACAUCCACACGAGCACAAGGCAUGAAACGCGAGUGAGAUAGAUAGAGAAGUCUUGCGCGUCUCGGUCGGUCGUGACGGACCUGGCAGGCAGGACGGUGGGAUGCUUGACGGUGAGGUUCUGCCUUGCGUGGCGGACGGCGCUGAUGAGCUUCCUCCCCAGGAGCCCCUCAUCCAUCAUGUCGGCGUCGAUCACCAGCGCCUCUGCAGGCUCCUCCAGCUCGCACAGCGCCUUCUGCAGCACCGACACGCCACUGGCACUCGACGACGACGAUGACGAUGGCUGGGGCUCGUCUGCAGGGUGAAGGGAGGGUGGGGAUGCGCUGCAGGAGACGUCUUCGGGCCGUUUGCGGACGACCAUUACUUCACGCUCGAGGCCGUUGGCCUGCAGCAACCCGGGCAACGCCGAGUCUGCCCCACAGACAAAACCAACACAAAAGAAGCGACGACACGACGGGAGAGAUGGUUCGGUUCGGUUCGGUUCACCCCCCCACCCUCCACCCACCAGCCCCAUCCAUCCGUCCUACUGGCUGACUCGGCUCACCGAGAUAUCUGGCAGGUGAAGCAGUGCAGGCCACGAUGGGCGGCCCCUCGCCCUCCUUCCUGGCAUCCCUCCCCACGCCUAGCGCCUUGAGCUCCCUCGCGGCCACCAGCACCGGCACACCGCACCCAGUCCCCACAAACAGCCACGGCAGCCGCGGGGCGGACCUGUCGGCCAGCGAACGGGCCAUCUGCUGCAGCUCGCCGCCCCACGCCCGUGGCAGGUCGGACGAGAGAAGACCGAGUUGACGUCUGGGCACACGGAGGUCGCUCGCAACCUGUGGUCAGUCAGCAAUUCACUCACGUCCGUGCCGUCUGUCUGUGUGCGUGCUGUGAUGCGAUGCGAUAGAGUGGGUGAAUGGGAUGGGUGGGUGUGGGGCUACGUACGCUACCUGUAGGUAGCUGCAUAUGGCGAGUGCGGCUUGGUCCUUCUCUGUGGGCUUCCUCUUGCGUGUCUUGUCCUUCAAGUUGGACAGGGGGUAGAGGGCGGACGCGCUGCCGUCGAACACCACACUCGGGUUGAAGGCGUGGAUUGGCAUGUGGCCCGGGUCGAUCUUCUUGCCUGACCAUCGAUCCAUCAAUCAAUGAACCACACACCGAUCCGAUCUGAUCUGAUCUGAUCUGUGUGAACGUGUAUGUUGGUUGGCUUAUGUGACGUGGGCUGGCUAUGUUGCUGACCUCCGAGCAUGGCCUCAAGUUGUGCGGGGUCGAUGCCCUGCCUCGCCGCCUCAGGGGUGAGCUCGAUGACGGGCUCCACCGGCCCCUGAGGAGCCACCGAGUCGGGGUCGAUGAUCGAUUCAAACCUGUGCACACACACGGGGGGAGCGAGGGAGCGAGGGAGCGAGGGAGGGAGGGAGGGAUGCAAUCAAAUCGAAGCUGCGCUCUAUGGCAUGUUCCUCCUCACCGUUUGUAGUCGACUGUGACCCUCUGUAUGUUCUUCUCGUGAGUGUGUUCAUGCUGACUCUUGGCCUGCCACUUCUGGAGCUCCUCGUUGUCGGGAUCCUUCUUGAGGCCCGCCUGGAACACCCGCGACGCGUCGGCCUUGUGGCCCAUCUCGUACAAGGCACGACCCACGCGAAAGUAACCCUGCACACACCACAGACAGACAGACAGACAGACAGACAGACAUACACAUGGACAGAUGAGAUGAGAUGCGGUCAUCUAAGCAUCGACACGGACCGUUGGGUAUGGUGGUCUACGUACGUACGGCUGUAUGCUAUGUCAGAUGUCUGACCUUUGGCCACUGUGCGUCGGCUUUGACGGCUUCCAGGCCGGCCUCGAAUGCCUUGGUCCACUGCUUGAGGCCGGCGUAGCACGCUGAGAUGUUAGACCAGAUCUUCUGCUUCUCGUCCGUACCAGCCAGCACCUAAACACACACACACACACACACCCCGUAUGUCAGACACCCGUUCUCACAUGCCAGGUUUGCUUUGGUUCGUUGCACCCCACGCACCCAGGUGACCUGGUCAUAGUACUCGAUAGCCUUGUGGUAGUUGCCCUUCCUGAACUCAUCGGUGGCCAGCUGCUUGGUCUGGUGCGUGGCCUGGUGCAAGAGCUCCGGCUGCGUCCGCUCCAGCCGCUGAAGCUGCUUCUGCAGGUAGUCCAUGUCGCCCGACCCCACCGCCUGCAUCAUCUGCUUGUACUUGUCCUCCAGCCGACGACCGUCCAUCUUGCAAGGAAGGCUCAAUCGCCCUGCCGAGCGGAGAUCUUUGGAGCAAAACAGACGGGGAGGAUGAUCAGAGGACGCCAAC